AUGGAGAGAAGGGACUCACUGGAUGGAACAACUACAUCAACGACCGAUAGAGGUGAUGCCAAGUCAUUGAUGGGGGCUGAAUUUGAGGUGUUCUUGAAUUUUAGAGGGUCUGACAUUCGCCUGAAUUUUGCCGACUGCCUCUAUCACUCCAUGGAUGGUGCUGGGAUUCGCGUUUUCAGAGAUGAUGAAGAGAUCAUAAAAGGUGAGGCUAUUGAAGGCAGACUAGAGCACGCGAUUAAGAGCUCCAGAAUCUGUAUGCCCAUCUUCUCUAGAAACUACGCAACUAGCGCGUGGUGUCUUCGCGAGCUUGCAUACAUGAUGGAUUGCUCGAGAAAUAGAGAUGGCAAAGCGAUGAUCCUGCCAGUUUUCUUUGAUGUGAAUCCUGAUGAUGUCAAACUCAAAACCAAUCAGUAUCAUGAUGCUCUACACAAACACGAGCAGAAGUUUGGCUGCCAUGUAGUGCAGCAGUGGAAAGAGGCUUUGAGAGAGGUUGGUCUUAUCAAAGGAUGGCAUCUCAAAGAUAGAGGGUAA